CUCACGUCGCCGAGCGGCUCGUAGCGAGCGUGCGAAGCUCUCCCCGCCGCCGCACUCCGCGUCGUGCCGUCGAUCGAGACGAUGGCCGUGUACUACCGCUACAAGAGCGGCGUCGAGACGUUCUCCGUGCCCGUGCCGGCGCCAUCCGUCUCCGUCGCCGACCUGAAGAGCCUCAUCCUGAGGACCGCCCGCCACGGCCACGGCCGGACGCGCGGCCGCGGGCAGAGGGAGAGCGUCGCGCUGCACGACGCGCGGACCGGCGAGGAGUACACGGACGGCAGCGCGCUCGUCCCGCGCAACUCAACGGUGCUCGUGCGCCGGGUCGCCGGCCCCCCCGCCGAGACCAUCACCGUCGCGCCGUCCCCGCCGCCGCCCAAGGUGACGACGCGCGAUGGCGCACCCUCGGGUUCCGCCGUGACAUCGACUUCGAGCGCCGAGGACGAGGAGACAAGGGCCAUCAGCGCCGUCAUCGACGCCGCGCAGCUCAAGUGGGGAGAUCAGCACCGGUCUCAAGGAGGGCGUCGCUACGGUCACCAUGGCGCACUCGAGGCGAGGGCGCCGCCGCCGGCAGGGUACGUCUGCCACAGGUGCCGUGUCCCCGGGCACUUUAUCCAGCACUGCCCCACCAAUGGCGAUCCAAGAUACGACCUGGGACGGACGCCGUCGACCAAAAUCAAUCUGCCUGCUCCGUCGCCGGUGGCCCCGAUCCCCGAAGACGGGGUCCCGCCGGAGCUCCACUGCAAAAUCUGCAGCAAGGUGAUGACGGACGCGGUGGUGGCCUCCAGGUGCUGCUUCGGCAGCUUCUGCGACGUGUGCAUCAGGGCCCAGAUCGCCGCCAAGUCUAGGUGCGUGGGCGGCGCGCAGUCCCGCGCCGCCGACCUGAUCCCCAACCUGACGCUGCGUGCCACGAUCGCCAAACUGCUUGCCACGAGUGCCUCUGGCAGCGGAUCAGUCGGCACGGACAACCGGAAGAGCUCGGCCGGCAGCAAGCAUAGUGCCGCCGCCUCGCAGGAGGGCAGCAGCCACGCCACGGCGGCCGCCGCCGGCUCGGACUCAGGACACAGCGACGGGAGCGCGUCGUCGACGUCGAAGAGCGCGGCAGCUCCGGCGGCGCGCGAGCCAGUGAUGAAGCGGACGACGGCGGCGGAGUCAGCGGAAAUCGGUGCGCAGGCCGGCUAUCCCGAGCAGUACGGCUACUACGGCAGCCCGUUCGGCCCGGCAUGCUACGAUCCUUUCUUCGGUGCGGCGCCAUGGGCGUGUGAUCCGUACAUGUACUACGGCAUGCCGUACGGUGGCGGCUAUACGGAUGUCCCCGCCGCGCCGGCCGGCUACCACGAUGGAUGCCAAGGAAGGAAGAGGAUGGCCGAUGGGGAGUUGCAGAGACACGGGGAGGCUGGUUUCAAGAGAAGAUGCGGAGGCAGAUCGGAGGUUGCUUUCUGAAACACAAGAGCUUGAGGACGGAGUUUCUGAAUCGAAGCUGAUGCCUGCUACUGUGGCCGUCGAACUUCUACAAACUCGCUGAACUAGUGAUUGCUUGUGUAAUGAUGUAAGUACUUGGUUCGUGGUUAAAA